ACUCUGCUUCUGAUAACGUCCCGAAAUGAAUAAUUAGACGCAUGAUUAGACGGCCACAGGCUGUGCUGCGUACGCUAGGGUUGUUACUUAAACCCGCGUAGUAUAGGGAUUAUUCAUCUUCUUGCGUUUUUCGAAAAAUAUAUGCAUUAUUUUGAGCUAAGCCCCUCAUUAGAUUUUAUAGCUUGUACGAUUACGCAUUUAUACAUGUAUACAAGUGUAUGGAGUUGUUACUUGUCGAGUAUUGACAUUAAUUAUAACAGUCGACUCUUUGGUCUUCACAAAAAAAGAGAUUCUAAACUUCUAACUGACUUCACCAUUGAUUAUUGAAAUAUUAAAUAAUAUUAAUUACCAAGACAUCAAGUUCAACAAUAUAAUUAAUAUAAUUAUUAAUACUUUUAUUAUAAGUAUCAUUGAUAUCAUAAUAUAUUCAUAUUUGCACGUGGGUUGUGUUGUGGGUUACGUAUUAUACUUAUAGCUUCGAACGAUUGCCGAUCCUAACGUAACCUAACAUACCGGUGAAAAGCGUGUAAGAUCAUUUCUUUGAUGGCCGAAAUGGAUACCGACGACAAAGGAUAUACGAUUACCUACGACCCUCUCAAAGGCAAGUGUCUUGUUGCAACAAAACACUUUAAAGUAGAUGAUUUAAUUUUUGAAGAAGAACCAUUUGUGUCCUGUCAAUUUUCUUGGAAUAGUCUUUAUGGUUAUCGUGCUUGCAAUCAUUGUCUUUGCCCUUUAGAAACUACCUCAGAGAAUAUUGUCAGAUUAACAAAUGCUGCUAUAACAGAAGUCCCUUUUGAAGAAUAUUGUCCUAUAAAAGAUAAAACACAUAACUAUGUACAAUGUGAAUCUUGUAAAGUUUGGUAUUGCAGUUCUACAUGUUUGGAAACUGCAUAUAAUCGAUAUCACCAGCUUCUUUGCAGACCAGACAGCAAUGAUCCAUUACAUUAUUUAGAAGAAUUAUGGAGGACAAUGCAUUAUCCUCCUGAAAGUCACAACAUCAUGCUAUUGUGUCGUUUGCUGGCAACAAUUGAAUUAUCUGCAUCACCACAGCAAGCUAAUCAAACAGUUUCUAAUUUUUGCCAUCGAACAGAAAAUGAAAAUGAACAUUUAGCACACAAAAUGCUCGGAGAAAAGUUUGUUGAGCAAAUUGAACAACUUCGUUUUGGUGUUCUUAAGUCCAUGCCAGUUAGAGAAUCUAGUCAAUGGCUAACUCCAACUGGUUUUAAAUCAUUAUUGGCAUUGGUUGGAACAAAUGGACAAGGCGUUGGAACGAGUGUUUUUCAUCAGUGGGCAAAUAAUUGUAAAAAACAUCUUUCGCCUGAUCAAAUGGAAUUAUUUGAACAGUUCAUAGACAGUGCUUAUGACGCAAUGGAACAAGUUGUCGGAGUAGAUUUUUUGGAUAAUGAAGGUUCUGCAUUAUUUCAAAACCAUAGUUCGAUCAAUCAUAGCUGUUUUCCAAAUGCAGCAAGUGUUUUUGAUGGUAAUCAUGUUCUGAGAUUGGUUGCUAUUAGAAUGAUUGAACCAGGUGAUGAAAUAAAUAUUAGCUAUAUUGCUCCAUGUGAAUUAGACCAUAGCAGACAUACUAGACAAAAAUAUUUACAAGAAAAUUAUGUAUUUACUUGUCGGUGUAUUAAGUGCGAGGAACAAAUUAAUGAUCCAGACAUAACAAGUGAUGAUGAUUCAGAAAUGGAAGAGGAUAGUACCUGAGUAUUUUUUGGAAUUUUAUAAUUAUAAAAUAAAAUGCCUUUAAAAUAA